AACGGUUAAGACGGUUGAAAUUUCAAAAAUUCGAAUUUCGACCAAAUUUCGGUUCCGUUUAGACCAGUUUCUAUUCGUUGAGUGUUGUGCGAUACGCGUAGAUACAAAACUUUUUGAAUGCAUAUACCAGAAUAACUAAUUGGUGGUGUAGCAUUUUUUAUGUUGAAAUUUAAAUAAAUUGAGUGAAUAUUUGAAAUUCCAAAAUAAUUAACGUGGCUUAAGUAUAAUUUUAUGCGUUAGUAAAAUUAUUAUUUAAUUUUAAGUUUCCAAAGUGUUUGUGUUGAAUCCAUAUCAACGGUCCGGUGACUAAAGCCGAAGGCGCACUUCUGUCUCGCGAACAGAAUAGAAGCCAAUAAAUCAGAAAGUCUUAGCAAACACACACAGGCGUUUCAAAUCAAUUCAAACACCUUACCAACUACAAACUUUCCACUCAACACUUUUUUCACUCGACCACUCAACAAUUUUCCGCUCCUUUCUACUAAUUCACAACACACGAAAUACCAACAAUAACUCAAGCCCCACAAAUACAAGAAAGCUCGCAGUAACAGUCGGAAGCAGAAAAGUCACAGAAAAGGGGAAACCACAGUUAAGUUACCAAAAUAGAUUUCACCAGAUACCAGCGCGCAUCAGGCCUUCUGCUACGCAAUUCCCGAUUGCGAAUCGUGCGGCUGUCUGUCAACGAAUUGUCAACGAAACGCUUCCAGCACGAGACAUUCACACAAAAUCACCACGAAGAUGUAAACCAAAUGUCGCCAGAGCCUACCGCUGCACGCACGGAAACCUACGCCAUAUAAAUUAAAACAAAAAACAUUAAACAGUUAUAAAAUAAUUUUAUUAUUUUAAUUUAAAAUUAUAGAUAAAAAAAUUGUGUUAAAAAGUCUGUGUGAUAUUAUUGUUUUAAUUUUUAGUAUUAUUGUUUAACUGGUAAUAUAAUUCUAAAGCGUCAAACUAUAUAAAUUUCUUAAUUUAAGAAAACAAUACCAUUAAACUAUUUAAUUUUUCGAAAAAAAAAUUAAUUAAAUCGCGUGUAAUUGGCGCUCCCAUUACGUUUUGUACGCUUAAAUAAGUUAAGAGAUUAAACUUGAUAGAUUCCGAAUUUCUUAGUCAAAUUGAAAUUAUUUUCCACUUAAAAGCAGGGUUUCUGUAUAGUAGUUAAUUUAUUUGAAACUAGUUAAAAUAAUUCAACGCAGAGCAAGUUAUUUUUGUUCACAAGCGCUUAGAGCAUUUUUUUCCAACUGACUUGUAGUUGUAAAGUGCUUUUAAAUUAAUUUACUGAUACUUGAAAACUUUAUAAUUUAAUUAUAUUAAUUAAUUUUUUUGUUUUUAAAUAAUUAAAAUUCGGAAAUAAGCAUACAAAAAUGCUAGGAGAUUUCACGCCUUGCCUACAAAUCGUCACACAUUUUAAUUAUUAAAAACCAAGUAAAUAUUAUUUUAUAUAUUUUUAAUUUUUUUAAAUAAAUAUUAAUAAAAAUAACAAAUAAAAACACAUUAUGCCGUCGCCGAGUAAGAAGCAAUCGCAGCCGCAUUUGUCUUUGGUGACCAACAACAGCGAUGAUUACCGUAAAUUACCGGAUAGUGGAUCCAUCAAUAAUGCCUUCCAAGCACCGUCAACCCCACAAACGGCAACAACAGAUAUCAUUGAUAGUUCCGAUUUCAUAUCCUCCACAAAUACAAUCAACACUAAUCCCUCAAGUAAUGAUGAUGAGCUAAUUUUAAGAAAUAAUGCCAAAAAUGAAUUAAAUAUUCGCUCGUUGAGCAAAAAUAAAUCUUACAACCAAAACAACAAUAACAACAACAUAAAUGACAACACACCCUACUACAUUAGUAACAAUGGCGUACCACAUGGACACUAUCGCUAUACAUUGCCAUUACCGCUGGCAGUGCCAUUGCCACAACCCUUACCGCCAUCAAUAACACUACUACAACAACAACAAUCAGAAAAAGAUCCUACUCAACAACAGGAUGAUAAAUUUAGAUUAUAUACAAUAUAUGGAAAUGACACCGACAAUGACAAGUUGUCCGGUCUACCACAAUCGACGACUGGUUCACUAAGCUCAAUCAUCACGACGUCCAUAGCAUCCUCAGAACCAGAUCCUGGCACGGGUGGUGGUCGUGGAAGCGGUGGUGGUGCUGGCGGCGGCCCUGGCGGUGGCGGUAGUAGCAUCGGUGCAUUAGACGCGAGCAGUAUUGCUGGUGUGCCUGGUAGCAGUGAUGAGAAGCUGGCACUAAAUCGACCGGGUAUAAAACAGGAGAAAUGGUCCUCAAUAUUGUUGCAAGUGUCAAUACCAUUCUUUUUGGCUGGCGUUGGCACUAUCGGCGCGGGCAUUAUACUCGGACGUGUGGAGAAAUGGCGUGUCUUCAAAGAGAUCACCGAACUAUACAUUCUCGUGCCAUCACUGCUGGGCCUCAAGGGCAAUCUCGAUAUGUGCCUCGCAUCACGUCUAUCGACGCAGGUCAAUCUAGGUAAUAUGACAACACGCAAGGAAGUUAUCAAAAUGAUUGUCGGCAAUAUUGCAUUGGUGCAAGUGCAGGCGACGGUGGCUUCUUUUUUGGUCGCUAUGUUUGCCAUUGCUGUGGGUGCGGCGAUGCAUGGCACAUUCUAUUUCGAACAUGUUAUGCUACUGACGGCGUCCGCUAUGUUUACGGCGACCUCAUCGUGCUUUGUUUUAGAUUUUGUGUUAGUGGCUGUGAUAUUAUUAUCUGAGAGAUAUCGUUUGAAUCCUGAUAACCUAGCAACACCGUUAGCGGCAUCUAUCGGUGAUGUCGUUUCUAUUAGCUGUUUGUCCUUCAUUGCUUCAUUGCUCUUCGAUCACAUAAAAACUCACUUGUGGAUCACAUUCGUUAUAGUCGCUUGUUAUUUAGUGCUUUUACCUAUGUGGGUAGCUAUUGUGCUCAAAAAUAAAUAUACUCGUCCGAUACUGAAGAGUGGAUGGGUGCCGGUACUAUCUGCGCUUUGUAUAAGUGGCAUCGGCGGUCUAGUACUCGAUGCGGCUGUGGAAAUAUUCGACGGUUUCGUUGUAUUUCAACCAAUUAUCAAUGGCAUUGGUGGUAACUUGGUGUCAGUGCAAGCCAGUAAAAUCUCAACCAUGCUGCAUCAGAGUUCGAUUAUUGGCAUCAUUCCACCACAUACGAAAAUCUUCGAAUGGCCAUGGAAAGCGCUGUUCAAAGGAGUUCCAUACGCGAAAACGGCGCGCAUACUCCUUGGUAUGUCAAUCCCCGGUAAUGUGAUCUUCGUUUUCGUUGCCGAUUACAUACAUAUGUCAACAUCGACGGUUUCCUUUGCUUUCGUGAUGUCGUACCUGGUGGCGAGCUUAAUACAGGUUAUGUUACUCUUAUAUAUUGCGCACGUACUUGUACACGCCAUGUGGAAAUGGAAAAUCGAUCCUGACAACUCAUCGAUUCCAUAUUUGACUGCUCUUGGCGAUUUGAUCGGCUCGACUUUAUUAGCGAUCGCGUUCUUCUUCCUACUUUCGAUAAAUCAAGAAUACGGUGCUGAUCUAAAUCAACUAAAUGCAUCGAACUGAAUAAAUGAGCCCCUCGAGAAAAAUAAACGGAAAGCGAAAGCGAAACGUGUGAGGCUUCUAAUAAAUAAAUUAAAAACAAAAACACAAAUAUAAAAAAGGCUUUAAAGAGUUACAAAAAAAACAGUAAGAAAACAGAACAACGCUGAGUGAAGUAAAAAUUAUGAAAGCGAAGGCGUGGUAGGCCACCACCAAAACACACUAACCAACCAACCAACCAACCUUCAGUACGUACCUAAAGAGCAUUAAAUUAUUUUUUUAAGCCAUAAAUAUUAAUAUUAAAAAUAUAUAAUAAUACUGUAAUAAAAUGAAAGCAUUAAAAAUCGAUAAUUAUGCUAUGCUAUAUGUAAAAAGUUAUUUAAAAAUAUUUAUUUUAAAACGAAAUGCUAAAUUAUGCGAGCAUAAACAGGAAACAAAACGAUAAAAACGAAAGGGGUACAAAAUUAAACAAAUUGUAUGUGCGACUAUUUGUAAUAAGUGUAAUAAAAUAUGUAGAUAAGAAAUCGAUUAAUAAAUAAAGGCAAAAACCAAUAGCAAGGCAUGUACAAUAAAGAUCGAGUUGUGUACGAAUUUGUGUUUUAUAAAAAUUUCAAAACCAACUUCUUAAUUGUUCUGGUAUUCAAAGCGUAACUACUAAAACGCCUCAAAAGUAAUAUACACAAAUACUUAGUAUUAAAUUGAAGCCAUGCGUAUACAUACAUAAAAUUAAAUAAAUACAUAUGUAUAUGUAAAGUAAUACAAAAUGCAAUUAGGAACUCGUUUCCCCCGGUAACGAUAAUGAUUGAAUACAAUAAUAUUGUUAAUGAUGAAUGCGAAAAAAGCAAAUACUAAAACCGAAAUUAAAAAUAGUCAUACAAAAUAUUUAAAUAAUCUAUAAAUACAUAAUGCAUCAUAGCUACAUAUAACUGAAAAAAAAAAUAAAUUUUCGAAUGAUUUGUUAGCUGUAUUGAUUUCGAUUAAUUAAAAAAAAAAAUAAAAACAAAAAACAAUAAGUAUUUAGUUCAUUACACCUUGUUGAAAUGCAAAAUCACAAAAUAGCGUAAAUAAAGUAAAUUGAAGGGAGAGCAACUCAACUAUUAUAAAUUUAUGGAUAAAUAAAAAUACAAAAACAUUUCACUUAAAAGGACAGCAUAAUACAAAAGCCUUAAUUUAUAUGCCUUUAAGUAUUUUUGCCUUGCAAUUGCGUUUUUUUUUAAUGUUAGUUCAAUAGUUUUUCCCUUUUAAAUUCACAUUGCCCCGAGCCAUCGUUAACCAUUGCUUGCUGUGAAACUUUCGCUUCCCUCUAUUCCCACUUAUUGAUUAAAAAUAUUUCUAAGUUGUAAUUUCAUAAUUUUGAUGUAGAAAAAUAUAACAAAUUUUAAUUAGGCGAUCUUAACUUAAUUUCACUAUCUGCGAGAUUUAGUUUUUAUAAUUCUGUACCAGUUUUAUUUAUACAUAUACGUACACACAUACAUAUAUACUUUUAAUGCUCAUUUAAGAAUUUAUGCCAAUAACGCUAAAAAUCAUUUUUUUUUCUUAAUUCUGCAAUUAAAUCCUUAAAAUAAUUAAAUAAACUAGUGAACGAAAAGUUGGCAAAAGAAAGAUGUAAUGUUUUAGAAAUGUUUUCACAGUGUGAAAUUUACUUAAAUAUUUAUUUGUUUUUUAAAGUUUCAUUGUCAUUCUUAACACUAACCGCACCGGUGUAUCACGUAUACCUAUUCUUACCGCAACCGGUCCUUUGACCGGUUAUGAAAUAAUUGUUUUUUCAAAACAAACUUUUUUUAAUUUUUUCUAAUACAUAAAUCAAACACAAAAAAAAGCAAAUUGCUAAAUUUGAUAAUAUAUGAAUUUAUAUAAAGUUAAAUUAACCAAGGAACAAAUAGUCAGUUUAUAUUUAUAAAUUCAAUUUCGUAAUCGGUCAUAUGACCGGGCGCGGUACGGAUAGUGUUAAUAUCAAAAUUUCGCUCUAAUGCUCCCAUACAUGUACGAAUUCCUAUAUGUAUGUAUGUAAAUGUGUAUGUGGUUAUAUUAAAGCGUUAACCUUAGGCACUUAGUAUUUUAAUUUAAUUAUUUCGUAUUGGUUAUUUAUUAGUUUGUACUACAGAUUAGCACGUUGUAUGUGAAGCGUGUGCGAGCGAUUUAGAGACGUUUUUGCGGGAAAUGUGAUCGAUAUUAAUUAAUUAUAUAGUAUAUGUAUAUUAUGUAUUUAAAAUUGUAAUUAUGUAUUAUUGAGUAAUUAUUUUAAUUUAUAUAUGUAUAAUAUUAUAAGUUAUGCGAAAACAAUAAAACUAUAAAUGUAAAAACAAUAAUUUAAAUUGCGAAAUAAAUUAAAGUGCAAAACAUUUUAAAA